AUGCCUGCCUCUCUUAUAAUAACGAAAUAUGGGGCUGCCAAAUGCGAUAAGGAUAUUGCUGCAAAUGACCAGAAGAGCACCAAAAUCACUCACCAUGAUAUGGGAAUGGCAAAAUAUGCUAUUGCUGUGCCAGAGCAGAAGAUUUCAAGGGAGCUGAAAGAGAAAAGUAUGAGUGUAAUGGUUUCUGACCAGAUCAGAAACCACGAAAAGACACUCUCCGAAAACGCUUUGAAGCCUGAUUUCCCACCUUCUUUUCCUCAAAUCAAUACCCUCAACCAGAAAUAUAUAGGCAUACUCGACUACAUACUAGAUUAUGGAAGGGAAAUGGCUAUCUUUUCCUUCGCAACAUUCUUUCGGGAGUUACCCCAGCUAGAAAGCACCAACAGGUCCCUCCUGAUGUGGAACACUGCGGUAGAGUCUACUUUCCAAUACUUCCCUGAAAUCAAAUGGCUUGUAGAGCACGAAGAUGCUGAAACUCUCCCCGAAAGCAUUACCUUGGGUGGUUACCAAGGUACCAUGGCUCGGGCAAUCUACCGCAGAUUUGACUAUGUGCUUGUUCAGAACAUUGAUUCGGCUGGACUCUUGAGUAGCGGUAUUCUAGAUGGUCUUCACAAUGAUAGCAUCUUAGCCCAAAUUAAGGCUGCUCUCAAAUCUAAGUCGCUCCAGAUACUUCGGUACCAAAUUCGUACCUACUUUAAUUGGAGAAGAAGAAAGCAAAAAAGGAGGAAACCAAAAAUUAGUGAAGCAGUUGAUUUUCUGAUAGAGAAGCUAGUGCCGCUACAUUUGUUGCAAUAUUUGAACGAUUUGAACCGAUACGGGGGAUUUGAUGUGUUAUUGCAUCCAACUAAGAUCAAUAGCAAUUCCAGGAUUAUUACAGAAACACUCGCGGAGGCGUAUACUAAUUACUGCAGUGACAACAAGGCUGAUCCAAUACUGGUAAUAAAUAAAAUCAUCAACCAAGAAAACUUUAUCUGGUAA